CCCGGGAAUAAUGGAAUAUGGCGACCCUUUAGGAUUACAAUUCCAUACUUUUUCACUGCUAAAAGAGAUAAAAUUGAAAUGUUCACUGCACAGCAAAUGGAUAUUAAAGCUACAGAGCUUAAGGCUGAGUUUUUGCUUUCUGAGCCUUUACAUGACGAGGGACCUAAAGAGGAAGACAGGAUCGAAAGAACAACUUCUUCCUACUCAAAUGAAUCGGAGCGCUUUUUGUUAAAAGACAGAAGCUUUUCAAGGCAGUAUGCCCAGAUCUACUCAGUCCGUAUCAUGGCAAUGAGGAAGAAGUUAGCUACAGCAGCAAGAAGGAAAUGGGGUGGGACGGAGAGCGCAUUUAAAAUACAGAAACUGUCUGAAGUGAAAGCGGAUGAAAAAUGUUUUGUGAUUGGAACUCUAUUCAAGAAAAUGGAAAUGAAACCUAGUAUUUUAAAGGAGAUAAGUGAAGAGCAUAAUUUGAUGCCACAGCCCUCUAGAGAUAGAUUUACCGAAGAUAGUGAUGAACUUGUGAUAGAGGACGAAACAGAGAGAGUGUCACUUACUGGUAACAUACAAGUUGGAACAUGUGUAACAGGAAGUUUAGUAGCACUCUGUGGUUGUACAAUUGACAGUGGUAAAUUUGCUGUUGAAGAUUAUUGUUUCAGUGGCCUUCCUUACCAAACUGUACCAAACCUUGAUCAACAUUUGUCCAAGGGUGAAGAUUGUUAUGUUGCUUUUAUCUCUGGUCUUGGAUUUGGUGAUAAAAGUCAGGAUUUACUCAGCCUUCAGCUUUUUUCUGAUUUGGUGAUUGGAGAGCUUGGUUGUGUACAGGAUCAAGAAUCUUGUGCAAAGAUAAGCCGAGUUAUCAUUGCUGGAAAUUCCUUGAGCCAUUAUACACUUAAUAAAGACAGUGAAGCAAAGGCAAAGUAUUUGACUAGAAAUACUGAGGCUGGUAGUGUGGAGGCUAUGAAGAGGUUGGAUGAAUUUGUAAUGCGACUGGCUUCAUGUGUUCCAGUAGACAUAAUGCCUGGGGAGUUUGAUCCUGCUAAUCACACAGUGCCACAGCAACCUUUUCAUCGCUGCAUGUUUCCCCAAGCAGCUGCUUAUCCAACAUUUCAAAGUGUGACCAACCCAUAUGAAGCUGUAAUUGGUGGACUAAGAAUCCUUGGAACCUCAGGACAAAAUGUUCAAGACAUUCACAGGGUUUCAACAUUUGAAGAUGGUUUGGACAUUCUAGAACACAGCAUGAAUUGGGGUCACAUUGCACCCACAGCUCCAGACACCUUAGGGUGUUACCCAUACUAUGAGAAGGAUCCUUUUAUUUUGGAGAAAUGUCCACAUGUGUACUUCGUUGGCAAUCAACACAAGUAUGCAAGCAAAUUUAUCCAUGGUGAAAAUGGUCAGAAAGUGUUGUUGGUGACAGUUCCUGCCUUCUCCAGUACAAAGACAUGUGUGAUGCUUAAUUUAAGAACACUAACCUGCCACCCAAUGAGCUUUUCUGCUCUUCCAUCAACACUAAAUGUUAAGGCAUCAAUUAAAGCACAGAUGGAAAUUUAACUGUAACCAAAAGUGGUUCUAGCAUUUAGACAUUGUGUUGUUACCACUGUUUAGAAAAAGAACAAUCAAGUCAUGGGAUAGUACCUACUUUGUACAAAAUUAAGUUUGUGCUGUGUUUCCUCGUUACAGACCGAAAAAUAAACUAAUUCAAUUUGCAGAAAUUAAGUCAAGGUUUGCUUCAGUUCCCAUAUCCAUAUACCUUGUGCAUACAAUAGAAUUUUCCUCACCCUUUAGUGUGCAUUGGUGUAUCAAGCAUUUCAUUGUCAGGUUUGUGAUCUAUAAGUGGAUUUAAAGGCAUCCAUUGUGAACCUUAGAUUCCACAACUUCUGCAGGCAGCAUACUGUAAUAAAUGAACAGACUGUUGCCUUAAUGUAUAGGACAAUUUUCCUUGCUUCUGAAGUUCAAUUUUGCUCAGUUAAAGAGGGGACCAUAGCCUCUUUCAGCACUACCCUCAUCUGAAGGAAAAGGGUUAAUUAGGUUUAGUGAUUAAUGCAACAUUUAAGGUUCUAGAGCAAAAGACAUAGUCCCACACAAAAAAGUGUAUGAAUGGAUUGUGUGAUGUGGAAAAAUGAAGGGGAAAAGAGGGCAAGAAAAUCCAUUCAAAUCAGUUCAGUGAGUUUGGCGAAACAAGAUACACAGAUAUAAAGAUAGAGUGGAUGAGACAGUUGUACAAAGCAACCUUGACAGAGAAAAAGAUUUCAAAUUUUAUUCAAUUUGAUUCCCAAAUUUACUAGAAUUUAGUUCAAAGCAGCUUCUAUUUUAAUCCUAACACAAAAAGUACUCCAAUAGAGCACAUAUUAAACAUUUCUCUGACAGUAACACAGAAUAACUUUAGUGUACAGCCAUCUUACAUUUGCAUUAAGUAAAUAUGUCUCUAAUGUAAAUUAUUUCCAAAAUUAGAAUCUUUGUAACUGAGGUCAUUAAUCAGAUCUCAAUAAUAUUAUUCUAACUAUCUUCAACAAAUUUUAACAUUAAUGUAAAAUAUAACUUUCAUCAUAAUAAUCUAGAGACUUAGUACACCUUAACUACUAGUACAAGACUUCCCAAUUAGUAAUGAGCAAAUUCAACUAUGUCUCUAACAUUUUUGCAAGAAGUGAGAGGCACUAACUUAAGGGGAAUGCUUCAUUGCAUGAUGCUAAUUCUAAUACAUUAAACACCUAAUAAUCUCUUGUGAAGUCUUUACUUUGCAAUAUGUAUGGACACAGUACUCUCAAUGAAAGAAUAUUAAAAUAGAAUAAUAGUAACUUAGACUAAACUGUGCAAUUUUUGACUAGUAAUCAAUCCAUGGAGUGGUUCUAAUAAAUUGAACAAUGCAUCGGGGAAAAAAAGAAAAUUAAUGUAAGUCUUCUUAGAAAAUAAAGAAUAAAACAACAUCAAUUUAGAGACCUUUAGACACAAAAAGAGAAACAUGAGAUGAGAGUGAUGAGAAUUACUCAAACUUGGGCUGUAGUUGCUUAAAGGUCCACAAUGUCAUACAGCAAUUAAAUUGUAGGCAGUGGAUAAAGCUGAUUGUUUUGUUGUUGUUGUUAUUAUUAUUAUUAUUAUUAUUACAGGUUCUAGAUAAACAAUUUUUAAA